CCCAGCAAUAUCAUCGUUUCCGACAUGUUCGGUGCUCUGAACCAAAGUGUGGCGAGUAUGAAGAAGAUGGCAAAUAGACCAUCGAGAAGCCGCCAAGGUUCCAUCAUAGCCAUAGUCCAAGCGGAAGACGAGUCAAUCGGAUCAGAGCUUCCCAAGAAGGACCAAUUUGAUAUAGUGCUGAGUCAGAGACGAGCUCGCGGGACGGGAAUUCUCCAAGUGUAUGAUGAUGAUACAGAUACUGCAGUUUCCUCGCUCUCUACUGAAGAAAACGUUAUAAUAUUUUCCCCGGAAUGCGAGAAGCUGAACCAAAGUGGCGGUUCGUUAUCAUGGUGCUUUUACACAUCGAUUACAGAACCUACCAUUGACAGCCAAGAUAGCCAAAUUGUUCAGAGCAACAUGGCGGUGAACGUCGGCGCUCAGCAAAAGCAAAUAAAUCAAAUGUACUGUUGCGCAAGUGCAAUCACAGAAGAACUUGGUUCAAAUCUAGAUGACAAGUUGACUGUAAAGCAAAGGGCUAUCUCCAAGGUAAACCGAUCGACUUCGCUGUUUGACACGCUAUCCGAAGGCGACAACGUCAAAUACAGCAAGAUUGGAGCCGGACGCAGAUCUUGGAAAAAAUGGAGUCAUUUGCUACGCAAGGCAAUGCCGUGGCACCGCAAGCCAUGCCGUAGUGUCACUUUUUGACGGAGGACAGCUAUCUGAUGUCAUCUUUGCGUAAAAGGCCUUCAGCUUAACAGAAUCAGACCAAAUAUCGACAAUGACGGCAUUCUGUUGUCGUCUUGCAACUAAGGACUAUUCUGUAAAGUAUACAAAAGGGAUGAUUUUAGCCUCGAAAGAGCACCUUCGGUUUUUUUUUU